AUGAUAUUUGGAGUCCCGCUCAACAUAACGGGUCCCGUAAUUAUAGUUCACUUUGUUUUGGCGGUUCUGAUCCACGGACGGCAAGUCGAAUGGACGGCUAGACUGGACUUCCUCUGGAACUCUCAGGCCAACGAAGAGAAGGCCGAUAUGCAUGAGUUACAGAGUAGUAAUCGUCGCAUACUAUUCAAUCUGUUGCCAUCACAUGUGGCCACUCAUUUCCUCGACAAUCAAUUCAGAAACAAUAUGGAUCUCUAUCAUCAAUCAUAUACUAAAGUCGGUGUUUGUUUCGCUUCGAUACCGAAUUUUAUGGAGUUUUAUAUGGAAUUAGACGGUAAUAAUCAGGGCGUAGAGUGUCUUCGUUUACUCAAUGAGAUAAUCGCCGAUUUUGAUGAACUGUUGGAUCACCAAAAAUAUAAAGCGAUCGAUAAAAUCAAAACAGUCGGCAGUUGUUAUAUGGCAGCGAUUGGAUUGAUGCCGGAGUUUCGUAUACCAGAAACCGAUUCUGUAUUCGCUGCCGAAUGUAUGGCUUGUUUAGUGGACUUAGUCUUUGAAAUGAGGGAUCGAUUGUCAGAAAUAAACGAGAAUUCUUACAAUAACUUUAUGCUUCGCGUCGGUCUCAACAUCGGACCCGUCGUCGCAGGAGUUAUUGGCGCUCGUAAACCUCAGUACGAUAUUUGGGGCGAUACUGUGAAUCUGGCCUCAAGAAUGGACAGCACAGGUCUUCCUAAUCACACUCAGUGUACUGAAGACGUCUAUUUACUACUUAAGGACUAUCCAUACGAUUUUGAGUGCAGGGGAAGAGUGAAAGUGAAAGGAAAGGGAGAAAUGACAACAUAUUUCUUAAUCGAUCGCAAGAACCAAAAAAGUCGCAAUAAUUAUGAAUUUAUUGGAUCCGCGAAUAACGGGUCGAAUCGGGCGGUCGUCGGAGGGAUUGGCGAAAGGAAUUCAAAAAUGAAGAAAAAUUCUAUGAAUAAUAGCAGUAAUAAUAAUAACAGUAGAAAUAGUUUUACAAAUUCUCCAUUACUUCAGCCAACGAAUAGAAACGCGACAAAAGUGUCAAACGUUGGCAAAAGGAUUGAUUCAAUUCCCAGUUAUAAUCCGCCGAAACCUAUCAUAACUGAUAUGGAAAGACCGAAAUUUAAUAAAUCGCCGCUCAAUACAAUCACUUCCAUUACUGAAGAACCUUCCGCUGCAGAGCCCACGGCCUGUCUUUACAAUAAAGGCGACGCCUGGGAGACACUUAAAGAGUUGAGUUCAUCCGUUCCGCCGCCGCCUCCAGAAUCUGAUCAUUUUGUUUGCGGUCAAGACAUUCAACACUCGCUCACUAUUGUAUCGCCGACUGGAGUACAGGAAACCAAUUUGGAUGACAUAACACCUCCGCUUCCGCCCAGAGAUCACUCUAACCGACGGCCGUCUCGUAACUCAUCUCUAACUCACAACACAAGUGCCCACAAACUAAACCCAACCAAUCCUUGUCUCCCCUUUUCGUCUCCAACUGUGUCUCAGAGAACCGCAUCUCUGGAUGAGACCAAUCGGACCGCAGUUGAGAGUCGACAGAGUUUUGAUGACAUGGAGGCGACUCAGACUCAGGCCACGUCUGCCAGAGCGACGGGAAGGGCGUCUUCUUUCGACGGCUCGUCACUCUAUCACUCGUCGUCGUCGUCGGACGUCAUGCCUGUGACGGACGCCGAGACCACAUAUGGAGGUCUGACGCGUACAGAUCUGGACACUCCUUCGCCGGCAUUCAAUCGCAAUUCUGGCGGAUCUGCUUGUCUUCAGUGGGUUUAUCCCAAUCCAGAGAACACUACAGAAGCCGAGCAUUCGUUCGUUCGGACCAACAAUAGAGACGAUUAUUGUAUUUUCAUUAAACGCAAUAACAAUGACUUCAGUGGUUGUAAACCAAAGACAACAUCAAACGCACCGCCAGAGAGUCAACAGUCGAACUCAAAGAAACUCUACCAUCACAUCCAUCACCACAAUCACAAUCAUUCACACCAUUCCUCCAACAAUGAGAGCACAAAACUCGGUAAAAGUCACGCAAAUCAGGGCUCUUAUAAAAGUGACGGCUCUUCUGGAACUAAUAGCGCCCGAAGAAGACAUCGAUAUAAUAGAAGGGAUAGAAGUAAAGACGACGACGACAUCAAUAUUCCUCUUCUCCACAAACACUCAUUCAGUGGCAGAACAGCGACGAGCGAUACGGAGGAAGAGCUGGAUCUGAAUCUGAUGGGCGCCGCGAGUCGUCGCAACAGAACUGAUAUCAUAAGGCGUUCGCCAUCUUUUGGCUCCAAUUCCUCUCGAAGUCAACGGAAGGGAAGUCUUCCCGACUAUUAUAAGUCGAACUCAAAUGCAAAAUACGGCAAAAUUAUGCCCAAAAAGUUGCCGUCAAUGGAGAGCGUCUCCAAACAGAAUCCAGAAUAUUCUCCAAAACUCAGGAGUAAAGGAUCGCUUCCAAUGAUUCCACUCCAAGAACUUCGAAACGUUAGCGACGUUUUGGCAGAAUUUGGGUUUAAGAAGGAAAGAGUGAAACCAAUGAAUGAAUUUUGUAUGAGUUUUGAAGAGGAAGAGGAGAAACAGGAGUCAAACACCGAUGCGUUGAUCGCAACCAAUAAAGACAAUCAUAACGAACACGAAGUGAUCAAAAACCAAGCGCUCAACACAAAGGCCGACACUCUUCUCGAUAUGGCCGCAGAUUUGGCACAAUUGGAGCAACAGUUCCACAACAACUCACGUCCGAUGACUUAUCGGUUCCCAUUAGAAGACAUCGAUUUCUCAAAUAAAGAGAAAAAAAUUUUAAACCAAAGCGAAAAUAAUUUGAAUUCAAAACGUUUCGCACAACGAAGACAUGCGAAGGAAUCGGAGUACGAAAACAUCGAUUCCGAUGACAUUCCUCUCUUUGAUGAAGACGUCAACGACGAAGAGGAAGAUGAGGAGGAAUACAAUAAAUCAGAUGACAAUCAACUGACAGAUGAGAACCAAUUGGUCAGCGAUGAGAGCGACGAACUUCAGUCCGACGGCCAGUCACUGAACGAAACAAAUCAAUUGUUUGAUACCAACUGUGAUGAGAGUGUCGUAGGAAUGGACGGCUUGUCUGUUAUGAACGACGCCGGACUCACUGACGCCGAGGGAGCGCUCAGUGAUGUCAACUCUUUGCUUAAUGACGGACACGAAGGAGAUAUGGACGACACGAGUAUGUCUUCCAGAUCUGGUGCCAGUUCUCGAAUGUUGGAUAACAUGGACUCAAUUAAUCUCAUGUAUGACUCGGAGAUGGAAUAUCCGGCGCCGAACCGAGGCUUCAGACGAGACAUCCUAUCGGACGACGACUGUCUGAAUGUGGGCGCAGACAGUGAUAUAAACAUCGAUUACUUGGAGGGCCAGCACUCGGCCAACAAUAUAGUGACGCCAAACACUUUGGCCGAAAGGCUCGAAAACAUUCGUAUCAUUACAAACAAUAUCACCAGAAAUUUCGGUCAAAUAAAGAGCGAUGUCUUGAGAAGUAAAGUCGAAGACACCGACGACUCGGAGGCGUAAUUUGUUUACUCGAAAACCAAUCACUAUUUCGUUGGUUUGAGUGCCAAAUAUAUUGUAAAUUGUGUUUAAUUAUAGAUAGCGUUAAACAAAAACCAUAUUUUUGCUGAC